AUGUCUAAUCAUAAAUGCCGUUCAAUCAUGUACGAAUGUACUAAAGUGACGCCCGCAAACGAUGUAUUUCCUUAUGAAAUUCGAGCGGUGUUAGAAAACAUUGUGAAUUUGAAGAAAGUUCCAAUAAUGCACUUGUUGAUUGUGAUUUUCGCUGGAAUUGCUCAUUGGUGUUCGAGAACAGUUUUAAACAUUGAUCUAGAUUGGAACAUCCCUUUAGUAUUUUAUGGGGUAAUCAUAGGAUAUCCAGGAUCGAACAAGUCAACCGCUAUCAAUUUGAUUGAGAAGGCAACACGAGAAGUUGAAGAAUAUCUGCAGAUAAAGAUUGAAGAUAGUCGAAUAAAUGGAUCAGUGACAAUUGAAAGUUUAUUACAUGAAUUAGAAAAGAAAAGAUCGAUCGUUCAGGCAUUUGAUGAAUUCAAUACAUUUGCAUCGUCGUUUGGUCUCUAUCGAGCAGACAAAGCUGUUUAUCAUCGAUCUGUAUUGAAUACGCUGUGGAAUGGACCGAAAUCGUACUUUCGGCAAUUAGUAAAAGGUGACAUCAAAUGUGAGAAUCCAUGGUUAUCGAUAGUUGCGGCUGCUCAUCCCAGUACAAUCAUCAAUAUUCUGAAAGAUGAAAAUAAUCAAUCAGGUGCAGAUGGAUUAUUCGCGAGAUUUAUUUUUUCUGCUCGAAUAUCACCAGAAGAUGUUCAUAAGCGAAGUAAACGGGAUUUUGAUCCAUCGAACAGCGAGUAUGAUACUACGGCUUCUACAUAUCCAAGUCUUAGUCAUAUUAUGUAUUUCAUCUAUUUAAUGCACCAUGAUCAAUUCUUAACUCUGAAAAUGUCUCCUGGAGCAAACGACAUAUUAACGUAUACGCAUAACGAAUACAAUAACAUGGUGAUAGGUUUUCAAGGAUACCAGGAUAUUUUAUGUACGAUCUUCUCCAAGUCAAGAGAUCAUUUGUAUCGAAUUUGCGGCUUAUUCCAUCUUUUGCACAAAGCUUGUAGUUACAUUUUGAAAAUCGAACCACCGUUACAAUACUUGUUGUUCGACGAUUCAACGGCUGAAUCAAUACAGAAAAUGGCUGCUCUAGCCAAAGAAAAUAUGGAUGAUUAUCUCACCAUUUCAGCUGAUGUAGCACUUACAGCCGUUGAACUAAUGAAAUUUUAUGUCGAUACAAAGAAACUUCUGUACGGUUUCCCAUUGAUAACUAUACCGCCAUCACAAGAUAUCAAUGUUGGACCUUCAGUAUCUCAACAAAACAAUUCAAUCGAUCAACGUUUGGAUUCGAAUGUUGAUCACACAAGUUCAUUUAAUCCUGACAUUUCACGAAAAAGUGUUGUCAGUCAAUAUUCAGGAUUUUCAAGUUUGCUAUCAUCAUCGUCCUCGGAUAAAGGUCAACUUGAUGUAUCUACAAUCGAUGCGAUCAUCAGGAAAAUUUUACAAUAUCGAAAGCAAACAAUUACAAGUACGCGACUUGCUCAAAUUUUACGAAUUCCUGGUGUCAACGUCGAAAAUAUCAAGAAAGUUUUCAUAUUUUUGGGCAGUUGCCAAAUUGGAACGCAUUUAUUACAAAAGCAGAAAAAACACGGAAAACCUCGAUUGUCAUUCACAAAAGAUCCUCUACCAGAUGAUCAAGAAUCAGAAAAAUACAAAACGAUGGUCAAUUUCCUUAAAGAAUUCGAUAUUACACUUGAAGACUAUCACAAUUGUUUAGAAAGCGAAUCAGAAACUUUGAUUACGACAACAAAUGAUUCCUAUUCAACAAAUACAGACAUGAAAUCAUCGAGCAAUGAUCGGAGCUCAUCAGCUAAUGAUUCUAUUUCUACAAUUGAUAACUGA